AUGUAGCGAGAGGAUUUAACAAUAUUUCCAAAGACACCUUAAAUAUAAUGUCUAUUUAAUCCAACUACAAUCCAUCCUAUGACUGCAUUUGUAGCAAGAUCAUGCUAUAAGUAUAAUUAACUCUAAAGAAACAAAUAAUAAAGAAUCGUUAUAUAACACAUACCAUUAAAAUAAAGGUCAAAUGAACCAAGGUAGAUAUCUUUACCAAGAGCUUUAUAAACAAUAAAAAAAUAAUAGUUAGAAUGUAAAAAAUUUAUACUUAAUCUUAAGCAUUGAGAAGAUCAUCAAAAUUAAAAGAUGGUACUUUGAGUUUAGUAUUAUCAGAUAUUAAGUAAGAAGAACUGAUUUUAUAGAAGAUAGAUAAAUUUUAAUAGUUAUAGAAUAAAUUAUAAACAAGUAAUGAUGAUUUAGUUGAGGAAAGAAAAGUAUAUGUAAAUGAAUUAAGAAAAUCAAAUUCAAAGAUAAAGAAUUUAUUAGAAAUUGAUAAGACUAAAACAAUUUUAUAAAAUAUAUUAGGCGGAAUGUAAUAGAAAGUAGAUGAAGUAUCACAUGCAAAUCAUAUGAGAAUUAUGGGUAUGCAAAUAAAGACAUUCAAAUUAUAAGAAUAACAAUCAAUUAGAAGUAAAGCUAUGUCUUAAGAAAAAGAGAGAGAGACAUCAAAAUCAUUUGCAGAAAGAAGAGAAUUGUAAAGUCGUUCAGUUUAAAAGAAGAGACAUUAAUCACCUUAGAAUAAAAUGAAGAAUAUAUCUUAAUAAUAUAUGAAGACAAAUAAUAAUUUUAAAUUUUCAUUGACAGAUUAUUCAUCAUUAAGUAGGGAACAGCUUUUUUAAAUGAAAUUACUUAGCUAUCAUUAUUUGAUAUUUAUAGUUUCUACAUAAAGUAAUUUCUAUGUAUAGCCAUCAGAAUCUAUUCAUGAAUUAAAAUUUAAAGUAGGAAAAGGAAAUAAUAGUUUAUUAAUAAAAGAAUUAUUUAAAUCUAGAUGGUGGUGGAAUUUAAAUUAAGAAGCUGAUAAUAAGGAAUUAAAUUUUAUAUGGACAUAGAUUAAAGUUCCAUAAUUUAUGACUCUCCAAUAAUGGAGUAAAGAUCCAUUUAUUUCAAGAUAGAAAUCUUUAUCUUAAACGUCUGCAGAGUUAAAAAAGACAAGAAGAAAACAAUCACCAAAGAAUGUUAAACGAAAUUAAAAGUUUGGACAAUAUGAUGAUCCAUUAUAAAAAUUAAUUAUAGGAUAAGAUUUGGAUGAAUUAAAAUCAAUGGAAAAAUCAAUUUAAAGUUUUUUAAGAUAUGUAGAAAAGAAAGAUUUAAAAUUGAUUGAGAAUGUUAAUAAAGUAUUUAAAAAUAAAUUAAAUUAUUUAGAUUCACAAUCAUAUAGAAAGAAAUUAUCAUUUAGGUAAUAAGAAAGCUAUGUUUCAUAAUAUGAAGAAAUAUUAUGAAUUAACAAAACAAGAGUUAUUUCUUCAUUUACCUAUAACAUUCCAUGUAUCUGGAGUGAAAGACAAAUAAUAUUAAUAGUUUGUAGAAUAUUAUAAUUAGAAGUAUUCUAGAUAUAUUUAUAAGGAAGGGAAACAAUAUUUGGAUUGUCAAGCCAGGAGAAUUUACCAAUAGAGGAAAUGGAAUAAUUGUUUGUUAAAGUUUGGCUGAAAUAAAUAAAAUUGUAAGUAAAAAACAAAUACAUUCUAAUGGCAAGCCUUUUACAUAUUUGAUACAAAAAUAUAUUGAAAAACCAUUUUUAUAUAAUAAAAGAAAGUUUGAUAUAAGAUGUUACUUUAUGAUAACUUAAUUGAAUAAUAUAAUCAGGGCAUAUUGGUAUGAAGAAGGUUACAUCAGAACUUCAAGUGAAGAAUUUGAUAUAAAAGAUGUGAGUAAUUAAUAUGUGCAUUUAACUAAUGAUGCAAUAUAAAAAUAUAGUGAUGCUUAUGGAAAGUAUGAAAAUGGGAAUAAAUUAUCAUUUGCAGAAUUUUAAAGAUAUUUGGAUAAAUGGCAUAGUAAUGAUCAUUUGAAUUUCUAUAAGGAUUUAUAUCCUUAGUUAAAAAUGAUCACUUAGAAUGCUAUUAAAUCUGUAUAUAAUAAAAUAGAACCAUAUAAGAGAAAUUACAACUUUGAAAUUUUUGGAUUAGAUUUUAUGAUUGAUGACAAAUUCUAGCCAUAUUUAAUAGAAAUAAAUACAAAUCCUUGUUUAGAGUUAAGUUCUCCUUUAUUAGGUAGAAUAAUUCCAGCAAUGGUUGAAAAUGCAUUAAGGUAUUAUAUAAAUAUAAAAUAAUUUUAGAUUAUCUAUAGAUACAUUAAUACCUCCUCCUGAAUAAUCUACAUGGCCACCAAAUAAAAAACAUUUAUUAUUUUAUGAUAAUAUGUUAGAGAAUAAUAGAUUCUAAUUGAUUUUUGAUGAAAGAGAAGAUGCAUAAGAAUUAAAAAUUUUAUAUAGCAAUUAAUUAAAUGAUGAUUAAAUAGAUGAAAUGAAUGAAGAAGAAGAAGAAUAUCAAUCAGAUGAUGAUUGA